AUGCUUCGUCCGACUCAAUGGCAGGUCAAUAUUGACCAGUACCUGAACCCUUUCCUAGUGCCACCGCCGACGAGUUUCCUGCCCAGGCCUCUCCAGCGUCUCUUGGGUGGCCAUGAGCGUUCUCGACCGCAUCUGGGAAAUGUUGCCAUCAGCUUCUGGGCAUUCAUCGGGGCGCUGGGCGCCUUGUCCCUGAUAUCCGUCAUCGACAGACACGUGCCGGCCUUCGAAUCAGCCGGCACACCACUCAUCAUCGGCAGCUUCGGUGCGGCAGCCGUCCUCGAGUUCUACGCCAUCGAGUCGCCACUUUCUCAGCCACGUAAUGCCAUACUCGGGCAGCUCGUCAGCAGCGUCAUCGGCGUGGCCAUGAACACGGCAUUCUCCCAGCUCUCAGGCGCCCGCUACCUGGAGCUCCGCUGGCUUGCUGGUGCCCUGUCCUGCGCGACCUCGAUAGUAGUGAUGGCCCUCAGCGGGACUAUUCACCCGCCAGCUGGCGCGACGGCACUGCUCGCAGUGACAGACGACAAGGUCUCUAGCAUCGGCUGGCUGCUCGUCCCCAUGGUCCUGCUGAGCAGCGGUGUGAUGUUUGCCGUGGCGUUCUUGGUGAACAAUAUCCAGCGAGAAUUUCCGGUGUACUGGUGGACUCCGGAGGAGGUUGGAUCGUACUGGGCUCGGAGACGUAGGAAUCGUGCUGCGCAAGUCGCGGAUCCGGAAGCGCAGGGAGAGAAGAGUGCAAGUGACGAUUCUGCAGAUCUUGAGCAGUGGAAGACUUCUCACGACGAAGACUGUAGGCUGAUGAUCACGAAACACGGGAUCAGGGUGCCGCCCAACCUAGACCUGCUUCCGGAGGAACGGAUGUGGCUGGAGAACCGGACACGUCCCUCAUGCCUCCGGUGCCUCAAGUCCGGCUAUGCAUGCAAGGGGUACGACCUCGGCCUGCGCAUGCAAUCCCUCGUCGUCGUGACCGAACCAGAAGGCUCGCAACGCCUAGCCCGCAUCGUACCACCCCCUACUGCCGCAGCCCCAACCUUGACAACAGCUGGCCCCGUUGCGCCGCCCCUACACCAGUUCAAGCGCGGGCUGGGCCGGCCACAGGACCGUCGAGGGGGCAGCGAUGAUGAUGCUGAUGAUAAUGCCGGCGGCGGCUUCUACAAGAUCCUGGGUGGCACCGCGCACGAGCAGCAGCAGCAAGCUCGGCGCCGGUUCAACCUGUCCCCCGAAAUGAACCUUACAGCGUUUCAGGAGCAUAUGGCCUUUAGCUACUUCUUCGCGACCUAUGGCUGGGCCUACUUCUGGAAGCCGUUCCUCCACCUCGCAAGGGAGACCGACCUGGCCCCAACGGCGAGCCGUAUGUGCAGCUUGGCCCUGGCCUAUGGGCACAUGGGCACCGGCCACGCGGACAAGAGCCUCAAGUCCAUGGGCCUUGAGCUGUACGGCCGGAGCCUGAGAGAGGUCCAGGCUCUGCUGACUAGAGGUGCUGUGGCCAAGACAGAGCUGGCCCAGUUGUGUGUCCCCAUUGUGAUAUUGGGCAUGUACUCUUUCGCCAUCGACCGUGACCUGCGCUUGAUACAUAAUAUCGGCGUGGCCCAGAUACUGAAGCAUUGCGGACCAGAGGCUUUCCAGGAGGAUCCUCUGCUCACUGCUUUCAGGUCAUGUAGGGCUUUACUAAUCUGUCAGUCCUUUGCGAUACGUCGGCGGACGUUUUUGGAGGACAAGAAAUGGAAAACAGUACCAUGGGAGAAGCUGCCCAAAACGGCCCUGGACAGUCUCAUCGAUAUCAUGGCCGACAUGCCAGGCCUGGUGAACGAUAUGGCAGCAUCGGAGCAGCCAAUAUCUCCCGCUACCAGAGACUCGUUCCACAAAAGGGUUGGUGAACUGAGGCAGCAACUGUCGACGUGGCGGUGGAAAUGGGACCGCAAAUACCCCCACGUUGCCCACGAAGUCCCAUCCAACCUCAAGGUUGAUAGCAUCGAGACGCCCGUCUUCAGGGAACAACUGGCUACCAUGAUCAAGUUCGACACCACCCAGCAGGCCGUCGAGAUGCUGACCUACAACGCUGCCCUCCUCUACCUUCUCCAGCUGGAAGACCUCCUGGAGAUGGGCGAGCCGCACAACCCACCACGCCUGUCAGCCGACGACAUGGAAUAUAUCCGCCACGUCGCCGCGCGUCACCCUUCCACGCCACUGCUGCUCCCCGACGAGGCCAAGUUCAUCUGCCAGCCGGCACUCGAGGCGUUCCGGCUGAUCCCGUCGCUGUACAAGAACCUGGUCACGACUAAGGACCGCAUCAUGGUCAUCCUCGCCCCGCUGGGCAUCGUGUACACCUCGACGCAGAACAACCCCGAGCUCAACAGCUGCAUGCAGUCCAUCCUGGAGGACAUACCGUUCUUCGGCGGCGGCGCCCCCAAGGAGCUGGAGCUGUAUGAGCUGGCCCUGGGCGAAGCGUGGAAGUCCAAGGUGCCCUCACCUAUCCCCGCUGGGACGAGCCCGACUGUUUCGGAGAGUACGGUCGAGCUUGCUAUUUCCCCGUAA